AUGACUUGGUUAGAUGUCGGUGGUCGCAUUACCGCCUCAUGGCACUGGUCUAGGAAGAAAAUAGUUGAACUGAACCGUUUUGAAAGUGUCGAAUCCCAUACAGAUGCAUUUGCAUUGCGCACGGAGAUCCUUGCCACACGUCUCUAUCUAGCUCUUCUCACUGUGGUGGUAGUCAUUAUUGUUUUCCAUCUUUCGCUUGACGUACAAACAUGGACUGUGGCAGUGCCGCAUCCAUCACAGGCCACAUACGAAUAUUUGGAAGCUCAAUACUCAUCGACUCUCAAAUGUUCUUGUGAACAAAUCAGCAUACCAUUUAGAAAAUUUAUGACAAUUUCAGUCACUUAUCAUCCUGUAUGCUCAAGCUCAUUCGUAUCCGAUAGAUGGGUGGACAUGCUAUUCUCACCCGAUCAAGGAGAUUACUAUCCAGUUGACUUUCGUGCUUCGGCAAGCGGUCAGUUUCAAGUACUUCAGUCACUAUGUGGACUAGCCAAUGCAUCUAUUGCUGAUGAACUUGAUACUUUGCUUGACGACACGGCUCUGCUAAGUGACCAGUUGAUUAACGCACAGAACCUCGAGGUGCAAGGCAGUGUAUCCAGUUUGUUCUUUCGUACUUCAACUGAGAACAAAUUUCUUCGAACAUUGAGAUUGAUCCGAGGCACUACUGCAGCUAACAACUUGCAGUCAGCUUUUCAAAUACCAGCUACGCUCGUUCUCGAAAAACUAUCACCUGAUGAAGUGGAUAUUGCUGUCAGUGCUAAUGGUUUAAAGAACCAAAAUGGUACGAAGUUGUGUUUGUGUCACUCGCAAGCGACAUGCUCAAUCAAUACGUCAGGCUUCUUCAGUGCUGUUGGAGAAGACAUGUAUGGUAUCUUGUAUAUACCCGAGACACGUGUGCUCGCCUUCGUACCUGGCUUUGUAGUCGGUUGCUUUGCUCUCGAAUCCCUUUUGCAAGCAAGACUCAUAUGUCUCUUCAACCAAAUGUGUGUCGACAUCGUUCAAUCAUUUUUUGUUUCGACGAACACGAAUUUUGUUUCACUCGAUUCUACGAAAACGCGAUUUGACCCGGAAUCGACGACAGUUGAGAUGCUUGUGAAUGAACUAUUCGUUGAACAAUGGUUAACACGCAUAUCAUUUUCACAAUAUUAUGCACAAUGUGCUCCGAUCUCAUGCUUAUAUUCGUACUCGAAACGAAACGACAUACUCUAUGUAACUACAACAGUGUUGGGACUCUAUGGUGGUCUCACAGUAGUUUUACGUCUCAUUGUGCCACGCUUGGUCAAAUGUGUGCGAGAUCGACGGCGGACUCCUAUCACAACAGCAGAAACAAUACCAAUCAACGAUGAACGACGUAAGUAUUUAUCUGGAGUAUUUUACAACCGUUCUUAA